AUGAGCAGUCUUACAGAGAAAGAGAAGCAGAUUCUAAAUUCACAUAGAGAAAUACUUUGGUUACAAAGACAAAUAGAAGAAUAUGAACAAGAAACAGAGGGUGAAAUUGACCUAGCAGAAAUUGCAACAGAAGAGUUGUCAGAUCAAGUUGAUCAAUAUAAUAAUCACAUUUCAACAUUACGAUCUCAACUUGAUUCCUUGGUACAAAUGAAUGAAAUCAAAGAACGACUUUUAGUCAACAUGGACGCACACUAUUUCUCGGUCAAGGCUUUAUACCCUAAAUUAAGCAAUCACCAUAGCAAUGCCUUAAAAAAGUCAACCGAAGAAAAGAUCAACCAGCGCGAUGCACGAGUCGUGGAGUUUAUGAAGCUCCUGCAGGAAUUUUCUGCAAAAAAAAAUGAAUUAAUACAGAUACAGCGAAAACUGAUACAACAGCAUAUUAAAAACAAGGAAAUCAGUAAAGAAAUUCAGGAGCUAAAAGAACAUGAGAUUUCACAAGUUCAAGAUAACCAUGAACAACUAUCUCAGGGUAUAACCGAGGCUAUAAACCAACUGUUGACAGUGAGAGGUGUUUUGCUGGGGCUCAUUUUGGAAAGUGAUAUAGAUUGGGAAGGAGAUGACAGAUGGAGAGAAACAGUACUUAGGAUAGGCAGUGAACCACCUACGAGUACAAUAUUUCCUUAA